AUGGCGAUGGCCUACACAGAGACUUGCCAGUCCCAAGAGGACAAGAUCAAAGACCUUCUUGAAGACAUUGACCUGCAUAAAUUCCUGUAUGAGGAUCUCCUGGCAAGCAGGGGCGAUGGCGAAUCAGCAGCCGAAAUGAUGUCGACCAUCAAGUCGCUGGAGUCCCAGGUUGCUCGGCUACUUGGAACUGUACCAGAAGAGCCUGCGCCGACACAGCCUGCCUCAUCUCACACCCCGCCCACACCUGCUCCUGAACCUGCACGCAUGCCGUCAGAUCCCGUGCCUAGAAGACCAGGGGACUUUGUUUCAACACACCAUCGGCCUUCUGUGUCUUCGACUUUCUCCCCUUCCUCUCAACAGGGAAUGCUGCAAUCAUCAUCAAUGUCUCCUCCUGGAUCACCUCCACCGGAAGGCUCUCGCAAACGUCCGCGUCCGCUUUCUAGCAGUUCGCCCACUUUGCCAGGGCCAUCCAAGAGGACUGUGUUUCCGAAGCCUAACUCUCACAGGUCUAAACUAGAUGAUCUCAUUGCGUUCCAGGAACGCAUGCUUGCUGAUAAUCGGCUCUUCUUCGAGGAAUUGAUGGAACCCGAAGCGUUGGAGGAAGAAUCUCGAAUGCAAGGAAAGCCCGUGGCCGAUGUCCUGAGGGAAUUUCAAGAAGAGUUGGAAGAUUCGCAACGGGAUAUGAAGAAGGAAUUCCAAAUGGCGCGUGACGCGGAAAUGGCCCGAAUGCUGCAGGCUCAAGAGAAUCACUAUCAACCUCUGCUUCCUAGCACCCAGAAUCAGCCUUCGUGGAAUCUUCCUGAUCGCAGCCAACCGACGAAAUUAAAAAUGGAGGCUCCUACGAAUCCCUAUGACUCUCCUCCCCGUGUCCCUGGUUCUUACCCUAGUAUUGGCUCCGAUGAUGAUCUUCAAGAAAUCACUGCUGAUUCGUUCAACACUCGAGCCGGGGCGCCGCCAUUUCGCCGAUCUGGUUUCUUGAACACCCUCGAUACCCUCCACGCUGCAUAUCCUCCGAACCCGUUUCUUGCUCAGAAUUACUCCAGACCCGCAUAUCCCUUCCAAUCCCAUAAUUCCCAAUCGCCAUAUGCACAACUUCCUCCCAGGUCACUUCCUUGGGUGGACGGUUCGCGAUAUCCAUCGCAGGGUGUGGGACCCUAUGAUAAGGCUUUUGACUUGGUCCGCAACCAAGAAGAGAUGUUCGAUGACGAGUUUGAUGUGGCGGCUUACGACGAGAAAGAGUUUCCUGAAGAUAUCAAGAACUUGCUCGCUGGUAUCAAGGAUAUCCGCGAAGCAACGAAAGCAGACAGGGAUGAGACGCCCGGUGCACUUCGAGUCACGUUGAUGAAACACCAGACGAUUGGUUUGAAUUGGAUGAAGGCCAAGGAAGAAAGCAACCACAAAGGCGGGAUCCUCGCAGAUGAUAUGGGCCUCGGCAAGACCAUUCAGGCGAUAGCGCUUAUGGUUGCCCGCCCAUACACCGAUGUCGAUCGACGUCCCAAUUUGAUCAUUGCCCCUAAGUCUCUGAUGGAUCAAUGGAGACUUGAAAUUCAGCGCCAUGUGAAAGCAGGCCCGCAUCAGUUGUCAGUUCUGAUCUAUCAUUCAAUCAAGAAGCCUUGGCGAGAGCUCAAGAAAUACGACGUCGUUAUCACGACAUUUGGCACGCUCACUGCGAACUACAAGACGUUACUCAGGGCCGAAGAGAUGGCAACGGAGGGUAAGGACCAAGACCUGAUUCGAGACCUCAAAAGUACGGCUGGUCCCCUGAGCCCUGCCUGCAAGUGGCAUCGAGUCAUUAUCGACGAGGCACAUAAUAUCAAGAAUCCCAAUGCCAAAUCUAACAUGGCAUGCUGUCGCCUCAACUCCACUUAUCGCUGGUGUUUGACUGGUACGCCAAUGAUGAACCGCCUUGAAGAUUUCCAAUCUCUCUUGGGAUUCCUGCGAAUCCGGCCAUACAGCAACGCGAAAAAGUUCAAAUCGGACUUCACAAAACGCAUCAAACAGGGCUGGGGAGGUGAAGACGUAAUGAAGCAGCUACGAGUCCUCGUCAAAUCUGUCUGUCUUCGACGUACGAAGGCCUCUAAAAUUGACGGUCAACCGAUCCUGCAACUCCCGCCAAAAAUCACCGAGAAGGUUCAAGUGCUGUUCAGUGACAAGGAACGCGAGGUGUAUGACGAACUCAAUGCAAACACUCAACGCCAAAUCAACCGAUAUCUGGAUGCUGGUACACUGGGAAGUAAUUACGGUCAUGUUCUGGCUCUUCUUCUCCGUCUUCGACAAGCCUGCUGUCAUCCGCUUCUCAUAAAGGAGUUCCGAACGGAAGCACCCGCAGCCAGCGAUCCCGGGGUAGACAAAAUCGCCAACGCCAAACUCCUGACCGCCGCUGUUGUCGAGCGUAUCAAAACAAAUGACGGUGAAGAAAAUGGAACUUGCCCUGUCUGUAUGGACAGCGUUGGAAAUGCCACAAUCUACAUUCCCUGCGGACACCACGUGUGCUCUGAGUGCUGGAUCCGCAUAAUGGACAACGCAGCUGCAAACCCAGCCGCAAUUGAUGACGAUAUCUCUCCCUUGAUCAAGUGUCAGAACUGUCGAGGCCCUGUCGAUCCCAGCAAGCUCACCGAUACACUUUCGUUCCAGAAAGUCCACGACCCUAGUUCGUUGCCCGAACCUACUGAGGAGACCGAUGCAACCAACGGUGCCGAAGACGACGAGGCCACAGCAAGCAGUUCGUCAGAGUCCGACAGCGAUACUGAAGAAGAGGAUGCACCAGCAAAGAAUAAAUCCCUCGCCCAGCUACGAACUAUUGCCCACAGAAACAAAAGCGAGAAGAAAAAAUACCUCCGCCGACUGGAAAAGGGCUGGUUUCCCAGCACCAAGAUCGAGAAGACUAUUGAGAUCCUCCAAGCCAACGAAGACCGCGGCCUGGACGAGAAAACCAUCAUCUUCAGCCAAUUCACAUCCCUCCUCGAUCUACUGGAAGUCCCUAUCUCCCGCCGCGGCUGGAACCACACCCGCUUCGACGGAAGCAUGGGGUUGAGAGAACGCAACGCUGCCGUGACAGCCUUUACCAACGACCCUUCUUGCAAGAUCAUGCUUGUGUCUCUCAAGGCCGGAAACUCAGGUCUGAACCUCGUCGCCGCUUCGCAUAUCAUCCUGUUCGACCCGUUCUGGAAUCCUUACAUUGAGGACCAGGCUGUCGAUCGUGCUCAUCGUAUCGGGCAGAUCCGCGAGGUCUUUGUUCAUCGUUUACUGAUUGAGAAUACCGUUGAGGAUCGUAUUGUCUUUCUUCAGGACCAGAAGCGCGAAUUGAUUAGUGGUGCCCUUGAUGAAGGUGGUACUAUGAAUGUCACCCGUUUGGAUGCUAGGGAACUGGCUUAUCUCUUUGGCGUGCGAGAAUUGCGCUAG